AUGGAUUGUAGCAAAUUGGCAGAAGAUGGGACCCCUGAAUUAGGAAUGGAAUUCAAUAGUAAACGGGAUGCGUACAAGUUUUACAACAAAUAUGCCUUUAAAAUGGGUUUUAGUGUACGCAAAGACUAUCUAAAUAAAGACAAAGACGGUGUGACCACGUCUAGGAGAUAUAGUUGCUGCAAGGAAGGUGUAAAACGCAAAUACGAAAGUGAUGUGAUGCCAAAGAGAACUCGAGCGCCGACGAAAACGGGGUGUGGAGCUAAAAUGGUUAUCGCGUUGUUUAGAGGGACAAUGAAGUACCGUGUGCAUGACCUUGUCUUAGAACAUAACCAUGAGUUGCAUAUUGCUCAAUGUUCGCACAUGAUGCCAUCACAAAGAAAAAUGAGUGAGGCUCAAGGAUUCCAAGCUGAAAUAAGCGUGGAUGCUGGGUUUUCAUUGAAACAGAGCUACGAGCUUAUGGGAAAGGAGGCAAGUGGGAUGGAAAAUGUGGGAUAUACUCGAGAAGACUUGAAACGAUAUCUUCGUACUCGAUGGGAAAGGAGUUUGAAAUAUGGAGAAACAGGUAGUAUGUUGAAUUAUUUUCAAGAGCAAACACUCGAGAAUCCAUCAUUUUUUCAUGCCUACAGCUAG